AUGUCCAUUGGUAGAUUCUCAGAGUGGCGCAAGCUGCCACUGGCCCUGACGGAGCUGUGCAUCAACACCACUCUUCGGUGCGGACAGAGCUUUCGCUGGCGAAAGCUAGAGGAUGAAUGGACCUGUUCGCUCUACGGACGCAUUCUUUCUCUGCGACAAGACUCGGAUUCGCUCUGGUACAGAUCAUAUAAGCCGUCAACUGUCGAACCAACCACACUCCCUACGCCCCCAAUCUCUACUCCAGCAACUGAGCGUGCUACACCCGACGACGACGACACCGAGGAGUUGAUCCGCCAUUAUUUCAAUCUUGACUAUAACUUGUCUGAUCUGUAUGAGCAAUGGGCGGCCUCAGACCCGAAUUUCAAAAAGAAAGCUGUACAGUUCGCUGGGAUUCGAAUCAUGCGGCAGGAUGCAUGGGAGACGCUCGUUUCUUUUAUUUGCAGCAGUAACAACAAUAUAUCACGCAUAUCCCAGAUGGUGGAAAAAUUAUGUGUCAACUAUGGCCCCUUUAUUGGUCAAAUAGGUGACCAGAAAUAUUACGAUUUCCCAGCUCCUUUAGCCCUAACUGGUGCCGGUGUCGAAUCGCGUCUUCGGGAACUUGGGUUUGGCUAUAGAGCCAAGUAUAUCUACCAAACUGCAUUGAUAGUUGCAAACGAUCGGGAGGCCGGAUGGUUGAAUAGCUUACGGAACCCGGAAAAGCCAGCUUUUGAUCAGAAACCUACUAGCGCCGUAGUUGCGGCCGAAAGCGAAAAACCAGGGUAUAGACACGCCCAUGAACAGUUGCUUGCCUUGCAAGGCGUUGGACCAAAAGUCGCGGAUUGCGUUUGCUUGAUGGGCCUUGGUUGGGGUGAAUCUGUCCCUGUUGAUACCCACGUCUGGCAAAUUGCUCAACGUGACUAUAAAUUUGGAAAAGGGAAACAAAAGACCUUAAACAAGGCAACGUAUGAUGCUGUUGGUGAUUAUUUUAGGGACCUGUGGGGGAAGGAAGCCGGCUGGGCACAGAGUGUCCUGUUUACAGCGAAUCUCAAGUCAUUUUCUGACCGAUUAAAUCCCAAAGCAGAAAUUAAAGACCAGGCUUCAGAAGCACCGAAAGUGGAAGCUAGAGUGGAGGUGAACAUUGUGAAGAAGGAAGAAGUAGGAGAAGAAGAAGAAGAAGAAGAAGAAGAAGAGAAGGGAGGAAUUAGAGUGACUACCCGAAUCUCUGUCAAAAGGGAGUUGUCGGCGGGAGCAGAUACCGGCACUGGAGGCGACCCUAACCCCCUUGAGUCCGUGCCGAAGAAACGAAGGACAAGAGCAUCAAGAUCCCGAAAAUAA